AUGAUGCAUGAAUGGAAAAGUUAAGAAAAACUUGUUGAUGAAUGGGAGACAUAGGAUGUCAAAAAUCCUCUCAAGUAUGACUUAUUUGGCUACGACAAAAAUGAAUGGGACAAUGUUCCAUCUGUUAUUCCAAGAUUUUCUUUUUAUCUUCAAUAAUAUGUCAAAGGCUUAGUGGAAUUUUGCUUUAACAAAAACUAAGAAGAAUCCACUUCUACUCUAAGAAAAUAUGUAUAAGAUCUUUAAAAAUAGAUCGAUGAAAUAAUGAAUGAUAGUCUAGAGUUUAGAGAGGAAAUAAGGAUGAAAGGAAAAGAGCAGUUAUUAAACCAUAGAUUCUUUGCUAAAGGUGAUGUUACUACUUAUCAGUUCGAGCAAGAACAAUACAGUCUAGAAUUAUCCUUUGAUCACUUGAACGAGCCAAGAAUGCUUUCAGUGAAGCAAGUUCGAGAUCUCUUUUACUCUCUUUUGAAUAUUUCGUAAGCCACUUCAAGAAUUAAAGAAACAGAAAUAAAUUUUGAAAAACUAUAGACCAAAUGCUACAAAUUGUCGUAUGAUGACGAGUAAUUAUCUAAUCGAAUCAAUAACAACAACAACACUGCCUUAAAGACUUUUGAUGAAAUAAACAAAGAGAAUAAGCAGACUAAACUUGAUAACGAAAGGAAAUUUAGUGACUUCUUCCAUAGAAUCUAAAAUAACUUUGAUAACAUUAAAAAGCUCAAAUAGUAUGCUGAGGAGCAAAAGAUGUUUCAGGAAAUGAUAGUAAAUAAAUCUGAAAGCAUCAUUUCUAGAGUCAAUAAGAUCAGAGAUAACAUUAUGGAUGAACUUAAAAAUGCUAAAAUAGAACUAACUAAUAAAAUUGAGGAUGCUGACAAGUACUUCGGUGAACAGCUAGAAAUCACGCAAGCUUCUAUAGAUAGGAAUAAAGUCAUAUUGAAAGAACUGAUUUUGAGAACAAAAGAAGACCUUUAAGGCUCUCUUAAAAAGGAAAGUGAGGAUAUCAAAAGCUACAUUCAUACUACUAAAGAUGAAAUAUUUUAAGAUCGAGGAACAGUUUAAGAUAAGUUUAAUGAAAAGCUUAGAAAGAUCAAAGACAUUUGCUCUACAUACUUUGCCAAAUAUGAAAAAGAAUUGCUAAAUAACUAGGAUAAAAUGAACGAACUCAAUUAAAGGUGUGAGGAAUGGGCAAAGUUGAUUGUCUAGCCUUAGGAGCUUAAUUAAGCUAGACUAUUUGCGAUUGAAACUAGAAUGAAGGAAAGUGAAGAAUUUAAAGUAAAAGAAGUAAACUUUAUCAAGGACACGAUAAAAAAGUUGAUAUUUGCUCUGGAAUAAUCAGAAUUUCAAAAAGGAAGUACAACUAAUAAACAUAGAUCGGUGCAUACUGGUAGCCUUGGAUAUUAAGAUUUCAAUAUUACCCCCUUAUAAAAUGAGUCAACUUUAUCUCCAGCAGAAAGAGCCUAAACGACUAUAACAGCAAAGAAAAUCUAUGGAAAAACGGAGCUUUUACUGGAUGAUUAAUCAGUUGCUCCAUUGCCAAAUCUUAUGAUAAAUAACAAGAAUAGGGGUCAAUCAACAGUUAGAUCAGCAGCUACAGGAACACGGCUAUAAGUAAGAGAUAAUUCUAGUGUAAUGGGAGAUAGAAUCUCAAACAUUUCAACUGGUCUUGAGAUCUAAGGAAGUCUCCCUACUUACGAUAUCUUAUUCCUUAAGAGACUUCUAUUUCUAAAAGCAUCAAUAGAUCAAGAAACAACAAAUGAUGUUUACUAAGUGCCUCUAGUUGAAAUCCCUAUUGAAUCAUAACAAAAAAUGAGCAAGACUUUUAUGAUUAGUGAUCAAAAUCAGGAAAUUCUAGAUGACUAUACUUAGUCUUAAGAUAGAAAAUUAGGGAAUAGUCUUUUCUAAGAUAGAAGAGCUAGACCUCAUUUAGAUUCUGUAAGACUUAGUAAUAGAAGAUAGAUUUAGAAAUCUAUUGACCUUUAGGAUUAUCUUAAUUUCCAAACUGGCUUAGACUACACUAAGGUAAAAAUGAAAUUCGACAAGAACAGGAAAAUCAAAUCUUCAUAGGUAUCAAACAGAGAGCCACAAAAUACAAUUCCACAGAAAACAAACUUACUUGCUGACUAAAUUAAAAAUAACCGUUUUAUAACAGAAAAGGACUUUGAGAAUGAGAGAUUAAUCAAAGAAGAGCAAACUAGAAGACUCAAAAUUUAAGAUGCCAGCUACCCUACUUUCUAAGAUGAUGAUAUUGAUAGAGUCUAAUUAUGA